AUGAAGAAGUUAGGUGGAGCAGCUCAUCAUAUAACUUCAGAUGACCAGGACACAUCAGAAAGUGAAGACGAUGACUCAGAAGAAGAAAACAGAAAAUCUUCAUGUACAUUUAGUGAAGAUGCAGGGGGUCCAAUAAUGUGGUGUGAAGAGGAGCCUAAUGGUGAUGGUGAAAGCCUAAAAGCCUCAGCCUUUUCAAGAGAAAGGUCUCCAGUUACUGGAUCUGAGAUGUCAACUAUGCUGGACAGUGCAUUGAAAAAUGAAUCGUCUGUAGGAAGUCGCAGUUCAUUUCUAUUAAAUUUAAAUACUGUUUCUAAUGAAAACCUAAACAAAUAUGCAUUUGAUAGUCAAGAUACAGACCAAGGGCAGAAAAGCAUUCUAGAAAGCAAGAGCAAUUUCCCAAAAAUAAAUGAUAAAUGUUUCAUCCAAGAAGCAGAAUGCAGCUGUGCUGAUCAUGGCACACGGUUGUUAGGCCUAAAAAGCAACCUUUGUUCAGAUCAACUUACAUGUGAACCUGGCAUGGAAGCUAAGUUUUUAAGUUUGAAUGGCAAAAAGAGAGAAAUCUCUCAAUGUUAUAAUUCAGAAGUAUCCAAUAACAUGUCCGAUGCUAACACAGAGGAGAAACAUGCAUUAAAAGGAGAGGAGAAUUUCUCUAAUGGCUGGGCAUGUUUUCCAAAUAAUUUACCUAUUGAGGAAUUGCAGCUGGACUUUGAUAAGCAAGUUUCUCUCUCUCCUUGGUCUCAGGAUGACUUUGUAGGUGAACAAAGACAAGAAAAGGUGAGGAAGCUUAAACAGACUCGUAACAACAGCUCAGCAGAGCCAAGCUGCUGUCAAUCUUACGAAGAACUGGUGAAGGAAAAGGAGCCCUUGGUAACAGCAGCUGAAGAGCCUGGUAAUGUGGUGAGCACUGGCGCGAGCGCCUCUCCUGCGGGUGAAAUACGUGUUGAUUCACUCGUGACGGUGUCCCUGGGUCCCACACACUGCCAGGUGAACACCCCAGGAAACAGUCCUGCACUAGCUACAACCGAGAGGAAAAGAUGCAAAAGAAUUUUCAAUUUGGCACCAAAAUUUAAUCUUCCACGACAGUUUGCUGGCAAUAAAGGGGCAAGGACAGAAGUCCAGUUAAGAGAUGACAUUUCCUCAAAAAGCACUUUAGAAAUGGCGCAAAAGAGAAUUUUGAACCAAGCCAGUAGCAAGGAGGAUAGUGAGAACUUUCCGUCUCAGGGAUAUUCUGCACUUUACAGUGGUAGUGAGGCAGCCCCCUCACCUGCCCACGAUACAAGUUCUCUGUUCAGCGAAGUUUCAUGUAGCCAUUUGGGACAAUCUGAUUCUUCUCUGAUGCCAUGUGGUGGUGUUAUUUCCCGACCAAAGGAAGAGCAAGAUAGAACUCAUAAGCAACCUGUGCUUGAUGAAAAAGAGAGUGACAGUGAACAAGCCUCUUCAGAGAUUACAACUAGCAAACCCGAUAUUUUGUGUUCUGAUGAAGUGUUUUCUGAAAGUUCAAAAGGUUCUGAUAUAUUGGAAACCUGUGGUGAAAAUAUACACAAAGCAGAUGAUCCUGAGCCAUCGGAGGCUUCACAGGUCAAAGAUAAGCAAGAUGUGAACAUGAAGCCUGAUUUUCUCGGACUUCCCUUAUCUUUAGGAUUUGCUUUUCAACUUGUGCAGCUUUUUGGCUCUCCAGGCCUCCCACUGGAAUCCUUGUUGCCAGAUGAUUAUAUAGUACCUCUUGACCGGAAAAUUUCAAAGAUGAUCUAUUUACUGUGGAAGACCUCUGUGGAGGAGAAACAGAAAACAAGUGGAUUGCAGAGUGGAAGUAGCUUGGCUGAUGAUACUAUUGGUGUUGAACAUCUAAAAAAAAAUUGUCAAGAGAAUCAAGGCUCUUCUGAAACCCUUCCAGAAAUAGAGCUGUUUCAAGGACUUAUAGAAGAGAACGUCAUGACUCGUACUAGGACUUGCUGCCUGGAUGCUGUAUCUCAUCAUUCAUGA